UCUAUUCCUUGGAUGUCAGUUGUGACAGCUUUAAAGCUUGAAACAUUCUAGAUCUAGAUUCAUAUUUAAUACGCAGUUUUAUUAUCGAUUAUUAAUCAAGCAAGGAAAUAAAACAUUAUAUAUUCAGUUCUUGGUUCGUUCUUGUCUAACCAUGUCUUUAAAUACGGCUCAUGCUGACCACGGAGUGCUGAUACAUGCUGGCGAAUGUAUCAUUUUGUUUUCUGAUAAUGUUUCCGUGGAAUUCUAUGGAAAUGACCAACCUGAAUUCAAAGGCACAAAAACGGGUCGUAUGUAUCUUACAACCCAUCGCAUGAUUUACAAUUCAAAGACCAAUUCUGAUGCACUUCGUUCAUUCAGUUUUCCUUUCAUUGCCUUACAAGAUGUGACUGUGGAACAACCUAUGUUUGGUGCAAAUUACAUAAAGGGCAAAGUACGAGCACAACCAAAUGGAAAUUACAUUGGUGAAGUGAAAUUCAAACUGACGUUUAAAUCUGGAGGAGCUAUUGAAUUUGGGCAGGCCAUGCUCAAAGCUGCACAUCUUGCAUCAAGGCAUAUGACUCCGAACGCUCCACCGCCACCAUACACUCCGCCUUCUGGACCUUGGUACGCCGCUCCUCCUCCUGCAUAUGCUCCUCCCCCACAGGGAUAUUAUGGAUGGGUACCCCCAUACACAGCUUUUCCCGAUCAACCAUCUCCAAACUCUGUGUUUGUAUCAAACAGUCCCCCUCCUUAUCCCGGUGUAAUGGGUUCUACAUAUCCUGCUGGAGCAGGAUUCUCAGGUUCUGCUAGUCCUACAGGUGCGCAAACCAAUGGCUACCCGGGUAAUAUGCCACCUCCGGGCUACCCAGGUAACUCUAAUAUGCCACCACCCGGUUACCCCGGCGGCUUUGCCCCAGGUGCACCCAGUAUGUCAUCAAGAGAUGCUAAAGCAGCAGAAGCAGCUCAAAGUGCUUACUAUGAUCCAAAUAAGCCCCAAACAGCUUAUGUACCACCGCCUUAUAAUGAUCAACCGCCGACUUAUCAGGAGUCUACGUCAAAGAAAGACAACUAAAGCACUGUCCACACUACCAUAUGAAUACUCCACGUCACUCUUUUUACUUUGAUUCAAUAAAGAAAAACUAAGCUUUUAAUGUUGUAUGAAAUUUUAGCAUAACAUUUAUUUUUUCUAUAACACAUUCCUAUAUAUAAUGGUGGCUAGUACGAGUGCUUUUAGAAAUUAUAAGGCUGAGUAAAAUCACAUAUAAAUGCAGUUACCAAAGCAGAAAAUAAAUUGUAAACAAUGUUUGUAAGUACUAAAAGUAUUAUAAUAAUUAUAACAAUGUAGAUACAAAAAAAUUAAUAUUUUUUGAGAUAAAUAUCAGUAUUGUUUUAAUUUAAAAAUACAACUGAAGAGUUUACUUCUGCUUCAUUAAUAGUUGUGUUCCAACAUACUAUGUAAGAAAAUAUUUGUAACCAGUAAUAUUCUAAUGAUAACAAAAGAUAAAUAUAUCGUUAUAAUAGUUUCAUUGUUGUAUAGAAUUGUGUCUAUUUAUUUAAUAAAUUGAAAAUUUCAUUAAAUAAAUUAUAUUCUCGAGAA